GAAUGAACCAACACUUGAGUAGCCAAGCAUGAUAAUUCACAAUGAAAACUAAUAAAACAAGCCCACACAGAACUGCUCACGAGGUCAGUCUGAAGGAAAACACAAGGCAAACAACAUGACCACGGUGAUGACCAACCUGUAGUCAGUGUCUCUCAAAUUGGCAACUUGGCAUUGUUAUGCUCUCCAUGAUCCAAGGUUUGACCUGAGAAUAUUUGCUUUUUAAUAGUCCCGACUGAAUUCAGAUAGGAUGAGGCAUGGAGACCAGCCCACAAUUAUUGGAACCAUACUCGUGUCGCUCAAGGUGGGUUCCUCGAAGAAAACCCAACCAGGGUCCUCAUCACCUUUUGCCCUUCAACCCUAGACUUCAUCUCAGAAGCUGCCACUUGGCCUGUUGCAUAUAUAUAUAUAUAUAUAUAUAUACGGCAUUCCAGCUGUGGCCCAUUUGCAGUGCUGACAAGACUCUGAAGUGCAUCGACAAUCUUGGUUGAAGCGUGAAAGACAAGUAUGAGACGGCAAUGCCAAGCCAUUAACCCAAUACUUUAAAGUAAAUAAUAAUAUUGCUUCCUCUUGCACUUUGUAAGGCGGAAGUGUCCGGAUUUCGACACAAUUAGGCAGUGGCCGGCCGGCGUCUGGUGGGGUUUUCUGCCCUUCACCCACCCCCACUUGCGGGUAUUAAUUGGUAGAUGACUAAGCCUUGCAGGACUUCUGAAAGGGAGUGUCGGACCUCCUUCCAUCGCAGGACUUGCUCACAUGUGGCAGAGCCUCGCGGACACUUGGCAGCAAAGGAUAGGAGGAGCCAAGCACUUCAGAUGCAUCCGAACGUUUCCUCAUCGUGCUUCCCAUGACCCCUGGGUCAGACCCCCACCUUUAUAAAUAAGCCCCCCCGAGGGCGUUGGAUUGGGAGAUAGAUCAAGAUCAUCCCCUUCUUGGAGUAAUUCCAUCAGUAUCUUUUAUGAGGAGAAGAAUGGGCGUCCUUUCCCUGGGCGACUCAAGGCUCAACCAUCAAGCAGGCAAGGAUCAUGGAGCUGUACUUGAGGAGAUUGUAGGGCUCAUCAGGGUCUACAAGAAUGGUCACGUAGAUCGUCUCCCGGCGGUCUCCGACGUGCCGUGCACUUGGGCCCCCGAGGCCAGCGUUACCAGCAGGGACGUGGUCAUCAGCCAUUCCACGGGCGUCUGGGCUCGGUUCUACGUGCCCAAGGCCCAAGGGCGCUUGCCCUUGCUCGUGUACUUCCAUGGCGGCGGGUUCUGCGUCGGCUCUGCUGCAUGGAGCUGCUACCACGAAUUCCUGGCUCGCCUGGCCUCGAGAGCCAGCUGCCUCAUCAUGUCGGUGAACUAUCGCCUGGCGCCGGAGAACCGCCUUCCUGCGGCCUACGAGGAUGGCCUCGCUGCGACGAGGUGGGUGAGGCAGCAAGCAAGCUAUGGCGGCUCCGACGAGUUCAGCUGGUGGAGGAUGCACUGCAACUUCGCUCGAGUUUUUCUUGGCGGCGACAGCGCCGGCGCGACCAUAGCGCACAACGUGGCCGCGCAGCUGGGAUCUCUCGGCGGUCCCGAGUCCGUCCUGAAGCCGAUCUGCCUCAGAGGAGUGAUUCUCAUCCAACCUUUCAUCGGCGGCGAGGCACGAACUGCGUCGGAGAAGGACCUGGUGCAAUCUUCGAGAUCAGCGCUCGGCUUGACCACGUCGGAUUGUUAUUGGAGGUUGGCGCUGCCCUUCGGCUGCAACCGUGACCACCCGUGGUGCAAUCCCUUGGCGAAGGGCGCCCCGAGGCUGGAGGACUUGAAGCUUCCUCCUCUUCUGGUGUGCGUAUCGGAGAUGGACAUAUUGAGAGACAGGAAUCUAGAGUUCUGCAAGGCCCUCAGGAGAGCAGGGAAGAGUGUGGAACAAGCGAUGUAUGCCGGAGUGGGGCAUGCCUUCCAAGUUCUCCACAACCAUCAUAUGUCCCAAGCCCGGACCCAUGAGAUGUUGGCGCACAUGAAAGCCUUCAUUAGCAAUAGAUGAAAGGAAUAUUAAAGGCUAGCUGUGCCUUCCUUCGCAAAUUAAAAUGUCUCUAAAUCUUGUACCGCGGUGGCCAAGCCUUGAGAUUGAAAAUUUCCUGUGUAUAUGUAGUUAAUAGAUCUGAAUACCUGACAGAUGCCCUUCAUAAUCCAGGAUGAUUUGCUUGCAAUUACUGCUAAGCAACUUGGGUAUUUUUAUUGAAGAAAUUCUGGCCUUUGAUUUCA